AUGGCAACAGAGGAUCCAGCUGCACUCCAAGUAUCAUCUCAGGAUGUGGAGCAAAUGAAAAAGCCCUUGGUGAAGGGCAUGGCAACUCCAGAGAAGGAAACAGCCGUGUCAGAUGACACAAAGAUGCUAGAUUUGUGUCGUUUACAACCUGAUAGCAUAGAGACAGACAAAAUCAUAACUGUCUUGGAUGAGACCAUGGCCAGGCUGGAGAUGAGCAGCUUGAUCCCGCAUAUUAUUGGCUCUCUGGACAGGUUUGCUGAUAUGCUGGGACCUGAGAUCACAAACUGCCUGAUCCAGUACCAGAAGCUUUCCAUUGAAAUGGAGCACCUGCUUGGUAGCCCUGAAGAAGAGGCCAGCAUGGGAAGUGAGGUGCAACAGGGCUGGCUCUGUCAGCUGGAGGAAUGUCUCUCACGUUCUGUUCGAGAUGUCCUGAGGCUCAUACUGGCCAACCCUUCACUGUGCCAGGCUCUGAAGCAGGAAACUUGGGCAAGGAAGUUACCAGCUGAAGGCUUUCUUAAAGGCUUUGGGGAGUUCAGGAACUUCAUGAUCGAAAGACUCCUGACUCAUCCUGUGGAAGAGGAAGAAAAGAUUCAGCUCAUGGAAGACAUCUCCCUCCAGAUAAAGGAAAGCACUGAAGCAAUCACAGCUCUCCAGGCAGAUCUGGCAGCAGUGAGCCAGGCUGGAGAGAAGGAGAUUCACAAGAAGGACCAAGAGAUUGAAGACCUCAAAACCAGCAUGCAAGAUCUGGCCAAAGACUCCAAGGCUGGCAUCCAGCAGAUCAAGCAGGAAGGAGAUAAACAGCAUGAAAACGAGCUUCAGUCCUCUCAGGCCAAGUGUGCCAGGCUGCAGGAGGACAUUGAGCAGCUGAGAGCACAACUCAGUGCCUUCAUCCCAGAGCAUCGAGCAUCAGAGCUGGAUCUCAAGCAGAGGAAGCACAGAGUGGAGAUGGAAAUAAUGAACUGGAUGCAGAAAUACAAGACAGACAUGGCAGAAAAACAGGCUGAGUACGAGGAGGUUGCUGCUGCCUACAGCGAGGAGAAGGGCCAGCUGUCCCUGCUGAUGGAGAAACGUGUGGUGCUUUUCCAGGAGUAUUCCCAGAUUGAGGAGGAGCGCAGGCUACAGCAGGAGAAGGAGGACGAGGCUUUGGAGGAGUUGAACACCAAGACUCUUGCUGCCACCUGCAUCCAGGCCUUCUGGAGAGGAUAUUUAGUCCGAUCCCUCUUCAGCUUUAAAAAGAAGACAAAGAAGGGCAAGGGCAAGGGCAAAGGCAAGAAGGCCGAGAAAUAA